CCAUCAUUCUGCUCUAUUUUCUUUCUGAGUCAGUUGCAUCUAGUUCCAAUGUUCGCUGAGUCGACUUGAUUUUUGAGUGUUUCUUGAGCAAUGAAGCUUUAAGAUGAGUGACGCACUGCCCUUGGGAUAGUGAUGCCCUUGGUGGAGUGAUUCCGGACUGACGCUGUCUUACCUCCCCUACAACCUCUAACGAAAGUUACUGUCGUUUUCAAGAGUUCGUAAUUUCAGUUUGACGAGGCAUUCUCAAACACUACUCCGUCGUAUCUAGAACACUUCCCUCUAGUCACUAUUGGAAGCUACAUUGGUUUUCAAGAUUGCUUUCAUGAUUCUAAUGAUAGUUUGACAAGACAUUCUCAAACAUUGCAGGAUCUUAGAGUACUUUUAGCAGCCCCUAGUGGAAGUUGCUGUGGUCUUCAAGAGUGCCCUCGGGAUUCUAGUGAUCGUUUGACAAUGAAUCUUCAUCAUCAAUGGGUAAUUAAACACCCAGGAAAUACUGACUGUUCAUCUCUGUGGCCUUUGUGCUGGUGAGAGGGCAGUGUUUCAAAAUAGGGGCCAUUUCACUACUUGAAGAAGCUGCGGUAGUGAGGGAAAAGCACCUGCAGCAGAAACACAUGUAAGAAUGGCGUCAAGAAAGAGAGAAAGAAAGAAAGAGAGAAAAGAAAAAUCUACUGAAAAGGGGACGUAAGUUAUUAUUCACUUUUCAUUUACGUCUGUCUCAGUUACAUAAAAAAAAAUCCUUUGUUGAAGUAGCAGGGGUUUUCAAGGAUGUUUUACAGGAGAAACGCUUUUGAGAACUCGACUGAUUAUAUAUGUGGCCUCUGAAAAUAGUCGUGGUGAGAGAACAAAGCAUAUCUGAAUGUGGGCCUAAAAUAGAGCGCUAAGAGUCAGAAUUGUGAGCGGGGGUGGGCGGGGCGGGGAAGAAGACGAGAGCGUCAUGCGUCAGAAGAAAACGGAGUCGGAGAAUGCGCUUAGUAGCCAGGGCAAGGCGGCGAGCCACGUCGCCUCACAACUCCACACACUACCUCACACCAAGCACUCCUGGCCAUGCGGUGCUGCGGGGCGCGGCGGGUGUUGUCCAAGGAGGGCGUGAAGGAGGCGUGGCUGGGCCCUUUGGAACCACCCAUGCAGACUCCGAACAAGGAUCACGUCAGGAAGAAACAGUCUCUUUUGCUACCGCGGAUAAUUUCUUGUACCUUCCGCGUGCUAGGGAUGCACCCGUGUACCUUCGACCGUACCACGCACCAGUACACCAUGCGCUGGUGCUCCCCGUCUGCCUGGUAUUCCCUGGUGCUGCUGGCGUGGCUGUCGCUCCUCCUGGUGACGUCACUGGUAGGCAUGGUGUACCUGUUCUCCUCAGACUUCCCAAAAAGCUCAGGCGCGGACGAGAUGCAGCUCCUGGCCGUUCUGAUCAUCGUGGGCUGCCUCCUGAACGCCUGGGUGAAUGUGUUGUGUCGCUUGCUGCACUGGCGUUCAUUCUGCGAGUUUAUUAACAGGUGGAUGCACAUCGCAUCCACCACAGACCUCCACCCCUUCAGGCGAAGCGACAUCAUGCUCUUCGUCUACGUCGCCUCCCUUAUCGCCUUCCUCGGGUCUGUGGCGGCGAUGUCCAUGUCCACCUCCUCAGACUUGUUUCUCGGCGCCGUGGACCUCCUGGCGCGUCUCCUGCUGCUGAUGGAGGACAAGGCGCCCGACAAUGUCUCAUGGAAGACUCAGGUUCUUCACGUGGUGCUGGCGGUGGUGGUGGUGCAAAUCUACCUGGUGUACAAACUGUCGCUCUUCUUCUUCGUGGCUGCAUGUCACUUCCUGUACAACUCCCUGGACGGUUGGAGGGGCCAGCUCUCGCGGUGCCUGGAGGCCAUCUGGAAGGACAACACAGACAGUGGUGGUGGCGGUGGCGGUGGCGAGGCGGACCUGGCUCAAUUGGUGAACCUCCACUACGAGCUGGUUCAAUUGGUUCGCCACACAGAGCGUCUCUUCUCCCCCACCCUGCAGUGCUUCUACGGGACACAGGUGGUAACACUGUGCCUGGAGCUGUACUUGGUGGCGUACCGCGUGGGCAUCGGAGCGCCAUUUCAUCACCUGGAGGCGGCGUGGCAGCUCCUCGUCAUCGUGCAGACCUGCGUCGUCUUCCUCUUCGUCUCCCUCAAGGCCAGCAGGGUAGCAGAGGCGGCUGAGAAUUGUACAGACAUCCUUCGGCGCGGUCUCCCCUUCAGCGCCUCCGUCAGGGAAAAGUACCACUUUGGCGAGCUGGUUGUGGCCUUGACGUCAGACCGUAUUUGCAUCACCGGCGGCCGCUUCUUCUACAUCAACCGACCCUUCAUCAUCACGGUGGUGGGCGCCGUUGUGUCCUACUUCGUCAUCGUUCUGCAACUCAAGUUGCCUUCAGUGUCUGCCCGGAUGGCGUCAGGCUAGGGGCGUGGGUCUCUGCGUCAGGAGGACGAAGACUGUAGUAAGAAAGGAAACACAAGGAGAGGGAAGAUGUCGAGGAAGGGAAGAGGAUAAGGAAAAGAAGGAAGAAUGUUUUAUGAGGAAAAGGAAGAGAGGCAGGAGGAGGAGGAGGAGAGACAGGAGUAGCAGCGGGAGGAGUGUAAUGGUGGCAGUAUUGAUUUGCUAUAUUAUCAUUUCAGAUAUCAGUUGUUGAUUCUGGCUGAUUUUGAUUUUGAUUCCUGUGUAUUUUACAUCGAUUUUGUUGAUUAUAUUUAUUUUGGGUACUAAUAAAAUACGUGUUCAUUUCGAGGAGAUAAUAUAUAUAUGGAAAGAAGAGUAUGGGAAAAGAGAGGAUGAACAGGAGUAUAGAUAAACAAUAUAGACAAGAUGUAUGCUUGAUUCGGUAAGAAGAGAAUGGAUAGGAGUAUAGAUAAAAUGAAAUAAACAAAGUGUGUGUGUUUAAUGCGUGCUUACUUCGAGGAAACGAGACACGUGGAAAGAAGAAUAUGGAAAAGUGAAUUAAUAAGAAUAUAGGUAAAAGA